UGGAGAGCAGCGGCGGCGGCGGUGGCCCGCGCGUGGGGGUGGGUGACGAUGAUGUCAGAGCCGGGAGACAGUGGUGAUUGGAUCUAAUUAGCCUUUGCGGCAGCAAAUAGACGCGCGCCCUGCGUGAUUGGCUUCCAAGUGGCUGGUGGGGCCAAACAACUAGCGGAGGUGCAAAAAAGAAAAAAAAAGAAGGUUUAGGGGAAAAAGUAGGAGCAUCUCCGCUCCACCCAGGCGCCCUCGAUGACAUCCGUCCUGGGAAACAGCAGAGCUUCUGGGGGUCCCGGUAGUCAGCUGAAAUGCAAGUCCAAAAGAAGGAGGCGGAGACGAUCCAAGAGGAAAGCAGAGAAUUCAGGGUGGGUUCACACCCUGCUUCCCCGGCUUUCCCAGCGGUUGCAGGAGCGUUGUAACACUCAGCUCACCGCGUGGUUGGAGGCGACAGACACCUGCCUCUCCACGCGGUUAGAGCCACCGCGCGAAAAAGUAAGCAUUUUGUCAACUUUCAUCGCACCCUUCAAGUAUUUAAGUCCUGGUACAGCAAAUAUGGAAGAUGAAGACAAUUUAAGUACAAGCAGCGCAGAAGUAAAGGAGAACCGUAACAUUGGCAACCUAGAAGAGCAUCCAAUAACUUCCAAUGAAAGGUCAAGAGUAGGAGGAUCCAGCAUCAAGAGGAAAAGACCCCUAGAAGAAGGCAAUAAUGGACAUUUCUGUAAACUCCAGCUCAUCUGGAAGAAGGUCUCGUGGUCAGUAACGCCAAAGAAUGCUCUGGUUCAACUCCAUGAACUUAAACCAGGUUUACAAUACAAAAUGGUGUCUCAGACAGGCCCUGUCCAUGCUCCGGUAUUUGCUGUCGCUGUGGAAGUUAAUGGACUUACAUUUGAAGGCACUGGGCCAACGAAAAAGAAGGCCAAAAUGAGGGCCGCAGAACUAGCCCUGAAAUCUUUUGUUCAAUUUCCUAAUGCAUGUCAAGCUCAUUUUGCCAUGGGGAAUUGUUUCAACCCAUCCACAGACUUUACAUCAGACCAGGCAGACUUUCCGGACACUCUGUUCAAAGAGUUUGAACCAUCGACGCACAGUAAGGACUUCUCGGUCUAUAACCCAGUUAAUAGCGAGUUGCUUUCUACGGCCUACCGGCAUGGGAGGUUACUCUGCCACACGUUAGACUUCAUGGGCCACGCUAAACAAAGCAAGCGCAAGAUGGCUUCCGCGGCCGAGAGCGAAAAGAACCCUGUGGUGUUACUCAAUGAGCUGCGGUCAGGACUGAGGUACGUCUGCCUUUCGGAGACUGUGGAGAAGCAGCAUAUCAAGAGUUUUGUGAUGGCAGUGAGAGUGGAUGGGAAAACGUUUGAAGGCUCGGGACGUAGCAAGAAGCUGGCCAAAGGGCAAGCAGCACAGGCUGCUCUGCAGGCCCUCUUUAACAUUCGGCUGCCCAGUCACAUUCCAAGCAGGAGUAAAUGUAAUCAUUUGCCACAGGAAUUUGCUGAUUCCGUCUAUCAGAUAGUUACUCAGAAGUUUCAAGAGUUGACAGACAAUUUUGCUUCCAUCCAUGCACGUCACAAAUCCCUGGCAGGAAUUGUAAUGACCAGAGGUUUGGACAUCCGGCAGGCUCAGGUUAUUGUGCUGACAUCGGGUACCAAAUGCAUCAAUGGCGAAUACAUCAACGACCAAGGACUCGUGGUCAACGACUGCCAUGCGGAAAUUGUGGCAAGAAGGGCCUUCAUUCACUUCCUCUACUCACAGCUGGAACUGCACCUAAGCAAGCGGCGAGAGGACGGCGAGCGAUCAAUCUUUGUGCGGUUAAAAGAAGGAGGCUACAGGCUAAAAGAAAACAUUCUGUUCCAUCUGUACGUGAGCACUUCGCCCUGUGGAGAUGCACGCCUCAACUCCCCCUAUGAAAUCACAACUGACUUGAACAGCAGUAAGCACAUAGUAAGAAAGUACCGUGGGCAUCUUCGAACAAAGAUCGAAUCCGGGGAAGGAACUAUCCCAGCCCGAUGUCACAGUGCAGUUCAGACCUGGGACGGCGUCUUAUUGGGGGAACAGCUGGUCACUAUGUCUUGCACAGACAAAAUUGCCAGAUGGAAUGUCCUCGGGUUGCAAGGUUCUCUCCUCAGCUACUUCAUCGAGCCUGUCUAUUUGCAUAGCAUUAUUGUGGGAAGCCUCUCACACACUGGUCACCUUUCACGGGUAAUGAGCCAUAGACUAGAAGAUGUUGGUCAACUGCCAGCCUCAUACCGGCGUAAUCAGCUGCUCCUCAGUGGCGUUAGCAACGCUGAGAUGCGGCAGCCAGGAAGAUCACCUGGUUUCAGUGUGAAUUGGAUAGUGGGCACUGCAGACCUCGAGGUGAUUAACGCAACAACAGGAAAAAGGAACUGUGGGAGUUCUUCACGACUCUGCAAGCACAUGUUUUACACUCGAUGGGCAAAGCUUUAUGAGAAGCUGAGCACACGGAUAUCAAGCCAUGGAGAUAUGCCAUCAGUGUACAGCGAGGCCAAGCUGGUGGCACACACGUACCAGUCUGUCAAGCAGCAGCUGUUCAAAGCGUUUCAGAAAGCAGGGCUGGGCACCUGGGUGAACAAGCCCCCUGAGCAAGAUCAGUUCCUGCUAACUGUGUGAAUCAUUCAGCACCUCUGUGAGCUGACCCCAUCAAACUGACUGGAGAGAAGGGCAGGUACUCUGCAGGAGGCGAGGGUAUGACGGAUGCCGAGUGAGACAUACCUCCAGGAGGAGUAGCUCUGCUUGGAAUCCUGUGCUGGAGAAUAGGCUACGUAUAAGAUGUGUUCUGGUAAAUGCACUGAACUUGACUUUAGGAAACUGCUCUUACAUGCCUGUCCCUUCUCAAGGAUAUACAAGCCCAGGUUACAAAAAUGACCUUCACUGUUUGUUCCUUGUUUGUAGCACAUUAUAGAUCGCUGUAAUUCUUCAAGUGGCAUCUGUAUUUCAGGCAAGAGCAGGUUCUGCUUGUGGCUUAAAAAGAGCCCCUCCACACACACACACACACACACACACACACACGCCCACAAUUGUGUUUCCUGUCAUAAUUAGUGCAAUAAUUAUCAUUGGGGAAGGAGAGAUUUUUCUAAGUAGCAAAUCGGUGCAGGUAUUUUCGGAAUUGGGAUGCAAGAGAAGGUCAGAGUUUGCACCGAGCCACAAGAGGGAGGCAUUAUGUGUGUGUUUGAAGGGUAGGUAGUUUAGACUAGUGAGCUUCUGGACAGAAAGGCAUCAGAUGCGGUUAAAAAAGCAGGUUGCUGAACUCCCAGCUACACUGAGUCCAAGUGUCCUUUCCCCGUGCAACACAGAUGUCCACAAACAACCACAGAUGGUGCAGCCCAGAUAGGUCCACACUGCCAUUUGUAAUUCUUCAUGAGCCCAUAGGGGAGCUGAGGAUCGGGGCAAGUUGAAACACCAUGCAAGUAAUCAUGCAAAGGCACCCUAAACUUCCAGCUCAGUAAGAAAGCUAUUCAUUUACUCCAGAAUGGGAGAGAGGAGAACGCAGGACCAGAAGCUGUUGCUCACAUGUGUGCAUUAUGAGCUUCUGAGUGUAGAGCAGGGAUUCUCAACGUUGGGUCCCCAGACGUUAUUGGACUACA